CAGCUCUUUUGUUUAUUAGAUUCUCAUUUCCUCAACAUCAUAUGUAGAGUCUAACGCAAACACAGCUUACAAAACAAAGAUGCGUCAACUGAUUGUCCGCAAUAUACCGUAUCAUUCAGUAAUAACUCAACAAGAACAAGAACAAAACCCACAGGUUAAGUCCUUAAUAUAUGCAUUCAUAUUCCAUAUCUUUGUUUUGUAUUCUCUUAAACACACAAUGGCUCCUUAUUUAUCAUUUAUCUAUAUAUAUGCAAGUGUACUAUAUCCUUUCUCGCAGCCAAAGCGCAAUUAUACUCUCUCCCAGCUUCCGUAUCGCUCUGUUCCAAAAAAAGCUAACAGACAUAGCGCAAGCAUGGGUGGAGAUUAUACCGCUUUAGAUUCUUUUCAUUCUUUUCUUUGUUCUUUGUUCCUUUGUGAAAAAUGCAUCCAACGCCAAGUGCAUCACGAAAGCAAAGGCUUCCCAGCAUGCAAAAUACAGAAGAAGGGGGAGGAAGAAAAAACAAGGGUGAAGGGGGAAGAAGACUAUCAUAUCCUGUCCAAAGCCAACUGACCGCUCUCUCUAUGUAAUUAACAGAAACGAAUGAAGAAGUAGUAGAAAAAACACAGGGUCAAUGUAGGGAGAGAAGGGGAAGAAGUAAUAAAAGCAAUAAGCAAAAAAAGACAAGAGAGGGUUAAAGGGGAGAAGGCAGGAGAGAGAGAGAAAGUGGUAUCAUUAUUUAAAGUCGCUGUAGCCGCACAUCGGUGGUGGGAAGUGGGAAGCAA